AUGCAAACAAACGACAGCGUUCGAAACUUCGCGGAGGACAUCCAGAAAAUCAAAACAUGGAACCGCAUAUAUGAGAAGAAGAUGGAGCUGUUUCACUUGAAGAAGUUAAUUCAGCAAGAAAUGGCAGCAGCGUCAGCAGGCAGCGCGAAGCAAACCGAGGGCGCAGAAGGAAGAGGCAAAACGGACGGGACGAACUUCAGUAGGGACUGCAAGGAAACGACGCCGACCAGUGUCAACUCAGGUAAAAGCAAACUGUCCUUUUUUUUGACCACACCCUUAUCGUACGAUAAUUACUUUAAUUUGAAAAAAAGUGAAAAGAAUGGCACGACAGUGUGUAGGAAGGAACGGGGAAAAGGUUUAUCCAGUGCGGGAAGUUAUGCCAUCGGGGGAGCGAGCACAAAUGGUGCACAGAACGUCCCCGUGAAGAGUGAGCAGACGGAUGACAAACCAAAUGGCAGAGCCACCCAGUGGGAGACAGAAAACAAAGAGGAAGGACGUUCUAAAAGUCCCACUCAAAAGCAGUACAUCACUUCGCAGGUUGGUAGUAGCUACACUGGGGGGAGAAACAAAGCAGAUGAAGUGGGGCAGUCCCAGAAAAGGGGAAAAAACAGCCAAGUGAGUUACGUGUCCAGCAGCACCAAGGGUGGACUCCCCAAUGGGAUUGCUACACUCCCUAAUGCGAUUGCUACACUCCACAAUGCGAUUGCCACACUCCCCAAUGCGAUUGCUACACUCUCUCUUGAAAAAAAGAAAAGCUAUUUUACCUGCAUGAGCAAGCAGCUUGAUGGUUACAUAAAAGAGGAGGUAAAAAAUGGAGUGCCCGAUCACUUGAGAGGAUUCGUAUGGCAAGUCUUAGUAGAGUCAUAUGAAUACAAAAAGGAGAGUAAGUUGAGAGAAAAAGGUCAUGCAAAUGAGAGAGGCAGCAGUAGGUAUCAAUAUUACCUGAGCAUAAGUAACCAAUACGAAAGUGCAAUAAAGAAAGAUAUGAACAGGACAUACCCGAAGCACAUUUUAUUUAAAAAUAAUUAUGAACAAGGUCAGCAAAUACUUUUUAAUGUACUAAAGGCUUACAGUAAUUACAACACAAGUUUGGGUUACUGUCAAGGGAUGGCAUUCAUCGUGGCGACCUUCAUUCUUUACAUGAAUGAGGAGGAUGCUUUCUUUAUGUUAAUAGCUCUAAUAGAGAAGUACCAACUUAAUGACCUAUUUUCUUCUGAUAUGUCAUUGCUAAAUGAGGAUCUGUUUAUCCUAGACCAACUGCUCCUUGUGUAUUUCCCUAAAAUUUACGUCCAUAUGAAGAAGGAAAACGUGCACUCGAGUAUGUUUGCCUCCCAAUGGUUUGUUACUCUCUUCUCCUACAGCAUUAGCAUCGUCUACGUAGUUAGGAUUUGGGAUUUUUUUUUUAUUUAUAGUCACUCGUUUAUAUUUAAGGUGGCGCUGGCGUACUUCAAACUGCAGGAGGAGGCCAUACUACGCGAAUCUUUUGAGGGGAUCCUGAACAGGUUAAAGGUCCUGUCCAAGCACGUGGAGCUGGACGUGCUGAUCGAUACGGCUCUGGGGCUGGACCUGCCCCAAGCCACCAUUGCACGCCUCUCUGCGGAGUACCGCGCGGUGAGGCAGCAUCGCGGAGAUGCCGUAAGGCAGCAUCGCGGCGAUGCCGUAAGGCAGUGUAACGGAGACGCGGUCCAGAAAGUCUUCGGAGAAGUCGUCCAUCGGAAGGUGGAAGUCUUUCAUGAAAAAGGAGAUGAACUCUGCGAGGAGGGCAGAAUCCCGUGA